AUGAGGACUCCGGAAGAGGAUCCCCAGCAGCACCAGCAGCAGCAGCAGUCGACUCAGCCGCCGCAGCAGCAGCAACCGCAACAGCAGCAGCAGUCACAGCAGGACCAUGAAGACACUUCUCCUCCUCCCAGCAGCGCAGCUGCAUCUGCUGCGCAGCUAGGGCAGCAGCAGCAGCAGGAGCAGCAGCAGCAGCAGCAAAGUCAGCCGCAGAGCGAGCAGCGGCCGUCGCCCGGAGAUCUGGAGCAGCAGACGGAGGCCGAGCAGCAGCAGCAGCAGCAGCAAAAAGGCGAUCUUGCUGCUGCAGAGCUGCAGUGCAAGAACGACAAGCUGCUGCUGCAGCAAAACUCGCUGCUGGACUCCCUCACUUCUGAGAGAAUAGCCCGGCUAGCAGCAGAACGACAGGCUCUUGCUGCAGCAGCAACAGCAACUGUUGCUGAGGGAAAUGCCAGUUUGCUGCGGCGGCGGCUGGAAGCAGCUGAGGCGGCGCAGCAGCUGCUGCAGCAGCAGCUCGAAGACAGACACGAGAAGGAGCAGCAGCUGCAGCAGGAGCUGCAGCAAGCCACCCGAGAAUGCACCGCAGCGAAAGCAGCAGAGCAGCAGCAGAGGGAGCUACAGCAGCAGCAGCAGCAGCAGCAGCAGCAAAAGUAUGACGAGCUCCACACCAUGCUGCAGCAGCUGCAGCGCAAGUACGCCUGCCUGCAGCAGCAGCAAGAGCUCGACGCUGCUGCUGCUGCAGAGAAGCAGCGCCUGCAGCAGGAGCUGCUGGACAUGAGGGAGAAGCUGCUGCAGCAGAAGGAUACAGUUGCUGCAGCGCAGCAACAAGUGAUUGACGAGCUGCAGCAGCAGAAGCAGCAGCUGCUGCAGGAGGCAGCAGCAAGAGAAGCGGAAUUGAAGCAAGCACGAGAGCGUACAGCUGCAGCGGAAGCUGCAGCAACGGCGAGCAGUGGGAACGAGAAGCAGCAGCAGCAGCAGCAGCAGCAGCAGCAGCAGCACCAGCAAACCGGCAUGACUGAGGAAGAGGCGCAGCUGCAGCUGCAGAAAAUGGCUGACCAGCAGCAGCAGCAGCAGCAGCCAAUGGACCUUGCGAUAAAGCUGCUGGUGCAGCUCGACGCCAAGUCUCACCAAUGCAAUGGACUGAAGGAGCAGCUGCAGCAGCAGACACAGAAAGCGGAAGCCUGGAAGGCUGCAGCAGAGCAGCUGCAGCAGCGGCAGCAGCAGAUGCAGCUGCAGCUGCAGCGGCAGCAAACUGAGCUGCAGAAGCAAAUGCAGCUGCAGGCCGAGCAAGAGUGCUGCAUGCAGCAGCUGCUGCAACAGGACAAAAAGAAAAGCCAGCAGAUUCAGAUCCUAGAAUCCGAAUACCGCGAAAAGGAAGAAGAGGCCCGGCGGUAUAUCCACCGCAACGACGAGCUGCUGCAGCAAGUUGCUGCUGCUGCUUGGGAGCUGCAGCGUCUGCGACAUCAGCAGCAGCAAGAUGCUGCAGCUGCAGCAGCAAGCUCGGGAACCGAGCAGCAACAUGCAUCAGCAACGCAGCUGGACUAUCAAACGCUCUUGGGGCGCUCCAACGCCCUGAAGCUGCAGCUGCUGCAGCUAACGGAGCACCGGGAGGCUGAGGAGAAGCGGCAGCAGCAGCAGCAGGAGCAGGAGCAGCUGCAGCUGCAGCACGAGCUGCGCGAGCUGCAGCAGCAGCUGCAGCAAGUGCAGGCAGACAGGAAAGAGCUUGCUGCUGCUGUAGAGCGGCUGCUGGACCAGCGGCAGCAGCUGCAGCAGCAAAUAGAGGACCUGCAGCGCGGCGGGUCGGAGACCCAGCAGCCAAAGGAUGCCCAGCAGCAGCCAGCUGCAGCGCAGCAGCAGCAGCUGCAGCAGCAGCAGCAGCAGCAACUCAACGUCGCUGAGCUGCUGGAAGCUGCUGAGGACAAAAUGAGACGUUUUGUGACUCAGAUGCAGGAAGUGGCUGCCACUUUGUGCGUGGAGCAGCAGGAGACCAGCAAACUGCUGACUGAGACGCAGCAGCAGCAGCAGCAGCUGGCGGAGCAGAAGGCCACAGCAGAUUUCUUCCGGAGCGAGUGCACGCGACUGCAGCAGCAGCUCCAGCAGCAGCAGCUGCUGCUGCAGCAAGCCAACAGCAGGGCUUCCCUUGCGGAGCAGCGCUGCAGGGAACUUGAAGAAGCAGUACAAAGAUCGCAGGAGGAACUGCAUGCAUUGAAACAGCAGCAGCAUCGGGAGCAGCGGGAAGCAAGUCAGCAGCAGCAAGCUCUUCAUUCCAAGGAGCUGCUGCUUGUCGAGCUGCAGCAGCAGCUGCAGCAGCAGCAGCAGCAAGCCACCGCAGCAGACGUGCAGCACGAAGAGCGCUGCGCCUCCCUCCAGGUGCAGCUGCAGCUGCAGCAGCAGCAGAACGCAACGUUGCUGCAGCAGCACAAACAAGACACGCAGCAGCUGCAGCAGCAGCUGGCCAACCUAAGCGAUGUCUUGAGAGAAAGGCAGUCGCAGCACGCCGAAGCCAGAGCAGCAGCAGCAGCAGCAAAAGAGGAGCUGCAGAAAAUCAAACCGACUGUGGGGUGCGUUCAGCAGCUGGAACAGCAGGUCGUGGAGCUGCGCGUUCGUCUGGAGGAGAAGGAGAAAGUCAUUUGGUUGCUGCAGCAGCGGGCUAACGCUUACCUAGAGAGCAGCAGCAGCGGCAGCAGCACCAGCAGCAGCAGCCGUUCUUUGACUGCUGCUCAGGGCGCUGCUGACGGACAGCCUGCCGCUGCUGCUGCAGCUGACAGCCCUGACGCAGCAGCAGCAGCAAAGGGGCUGCAGCAGCAGCUGCAGCAGCUUCAAGAUGAACUUGAGAGCUGCAAAGCCCUAAAGCAGCACUGGCAGCAAGCUGCCGUUGAGGCACAGCAGCAGCAGCACCGCAGCAACGAGCAGCAGCAGCAGCUGCAGCAGCAGCUGGAAGAAAAAGUAGAUGCUGUAAAUCAGUUAAAAGAUAAGCAACAAGAACUGGAGACUUUAGUAAACGAAAAGACACUGCAAAUCGGGCAGCUGGAGGCGAGCGUGGCCGCGCUGAAGCAGCAGCAGCAGCAGCAGCAGGACGCCGCAGCAAGCGCAGCAGCAGCAGCGGCAACGACUGACAACUUGCGGCAGCAGCUGCAGCACCUGGAAGGAGAACUCGAAAGGGAAAAGAAAGCAGCAGCAGCAGCAGAAGCUCGUUACCGAAGGGAGGUUGACGCGAGAACAGCAGACAUGCAGCAGCUGCAGCGCGCCGAGCAGCAGCAGCAGCAGCAGCAGCUGCUGCUGCUCUCGCUCGAGAAGGAGCUUGAUACAACCAGAGCUGAACUCAAGAGCACACGAUCUGCUGCGGAAGAGGAGAGUUUGUCGCUGGUGAGAACAAACGCCAGUUUGCUGCGGGACGUGGAGCGGCUGCGCGCUGAGACAAAAUCCUUAAACGACAAAAUCAAACAAAU